AUGAAGUCAAUAAACGCGAUAAAUAUUUCUUUCCUAAUAUUAGUAUUUCACGCGUUGAAAUCAUCAGCACAGAAAUUAGACUCGGUAAAAAUAUCCGUGUAUUACGACGCUGCUGGCAACGCAAGUUCUGAUUUUAUCACGCAACAAUUAUUCAAAUCGUAUCCAGCAAUUGCCAGUAGAAUAAUUCUGGAGUUGGUGCCAUGGUGUUUGGGCGAUAUGCUUCCGGGAAGUGAUAGUUACCGCGCAAAUGUUAUUCAUACCUGCGCAUUCGAUCAAACUACAGAUGAACAAAUCCACGUUGAUUUUGCAACGUGUAUGAUGAACAGCAGAGUUAUUACGGAAGAAAAUAUUAAAAAAUGCGCUGAUAGUAAUGGUUUACCGUAUGAUGCUAUAAUAAAGUGCGCAAAAGGCGCCGAGGGUCGUAAUAAGUUAGCAAACAACGGAUACAAAACUAAAGCCAUCUAUCCGCCGAUUUAUCAACUUCCAGCUAUAGGCAACAAUGGUUGGGUGCGCGCUGGGUUGCAGACAAAAGCAAAAGAAAACUUUUUGGGUUAUGUUUGUGCAUUUCUUAAUAAUCCACCGAAAGAAUGUACCAAAAAACAAUAA